AUGGCAUCUCGAGAUGAUGACGACGACUAUCAUUCGUCCGACGAUGAAGACUACAAUCCCGAAGAUGAUGAAAUAAAUGAGCAAGACGAGAUUGACGAUGCCGAGGAUGCCGAAGUUCUCGAAGACGAGAAAAUUGAGCAUACUGAAGAAAAAACACCGGAGGCUUCUACUUCAGGAUCAUCUGCCACCGACGUCGAUGCUUUAUUCGCCGAACUAACCGGAGAGGAUCCAAUUCUCGUUGAAGCUGCUCGUCGAAAUCAAUCGUCGACAUUGACGAGGACCGAAAAAUCGGAAACACCUACUACUAAUACUACUGCGUCAAAUUCAAAAGAAUCUUUAUCGGUGCCCGAUGAAAUUGAAGCAUUAGCUAGCGAAUGCUCAAGUUCUCAGUCAGAAGAUGGUUCAACGGCAGAAAAGGGUUCCCCGAAACCGGAAAAGAGCGACGAAAAAGCUCCACCGAAAAAAAGGCUUGGCCUCAUGGAAGCCGCUCUGACAAUGUCGAAGCGUUCAAAAAUUUCAGUCCUCGAAAAAUCUGAUCGCGAUUGGAUGGCGUUUAAGGACGAGCACAAAUUAGUGGAAGAUCUCGAGUCGCACAAUCGCGGAAAAGGCGGAUUUCUGAAUCGAAUGGAUUUUCUGAAUCGAACCGACAAUCGACAAUUCGAGAAUGAGAAGAACAUGAGAGCGAUUAGCCGCAAGGAUCGCGUUUAA